UGGGUCGAGCUAAGUGGGUUAUAUAAUAGAGGACAGGUUCGAUUCCUGACAGCGCUACUUGGUAGUCUCUAUUGUUUAGUCUAUCUGCUAGUUGGGUACCAAGCUUCACAUGGGUAAGAAGAUACCGUAGGUAAGGUAGCUAUGAUGGUCAAGGUUAACGAAGUGCGCGGACCUCUCGUAGACAGCACCCCGCCUGGCCCCUUUACGGAGCCAGCUUGUAGGUCCAUGGCACAAAGGGUAGGUUCGGCUAAUGUGCGACUCGCACACCAGUAGCUGCACAUGCGCUAUAUUCGCAUGUCGGAUCAGCACAACUGCCGGAAUAAAGAGUUGCUCAUGUGACCCUUAACGCUACAAUUAUAAAGAAUAAUACACGAGACCCUUAUAUAACGCAGGUAGAUAGGGGAAGCAGUGAUAAAAACCAUCUUCCUUUUUCACACUUUGCUGCUUUACCGCCGCUAACUUCGCCCACCUCCAGGACAUACCAACCUUUUAGGCAAGUCCAGAUCAUCUAGUUGUAGUAAGAACAGUCUCGGGUUUUUGCACGACAGGCAACGGACCGUCUUCAUCUUCGCGCCCAACGAAGCUGUCUGUGGUCCCAAUGUCUAUUUUCGAGAAAUUAGCAUUUGUUGUCAGCAUUGGAAAACUGCUGGUGCGAUAUUUUGCAAACCUGCUUUCGGACAUCGUUCGGCCGAGGGAAACACUGGCUUCAACUCUCUACCGUCACGUCCAAUACACCAAAGUCCGAGCGAUUACAGAUUCUCUGUCCAUCCGGCAGAUACAAGCCAUUAGUCCUCCUACGGACGACGUCUACCUCCAGCUCUGCAAGCGCUACCUCGUGUCCCCUGAGAGUGUGAUCCUUGAAGAUGGCACCCAUGCGCACUGGAUUGGGCCUAGCUCUGCGCGCAAAGUUAUCAUCAACUUUCAUGGCGGGGGUUAUGUGCUCCCUGCAAGCGAAUUCAUGAUGGAUUAUAUGUUCAGGCUCCAGGCCCUCGUCAGUUCAUCUGCCAAGCCAGUCGCAAUACUCUUCCUCUCCUAUGACCUGAGUCCCGCAGCACGCUAUCCACGGCAACUCACACAGGCCGUCGCCCUCCUUCGGCACGUAGUUGAGGUCUUGCACAAAGCCCCCGAAGACAUCAUCCUGACCGGAGACUCUGCGGGCGGGAACCUCGCACUAGCACUGCUCUCGCAUAUCUCAUCCCCCCACCCUGCUAUCCCACCUUUGAGACUUGCGAGCAAGUUGCGUGGUUUGGUCCUUGUGUCGCCUUGGGUGUCCUUCCGAUUGAACGAGCCCUCUUGUAUCAGGAACGCGCGCAAAGACCUCCUGUCGAUUGCGACGUUGAAGCGGUGGGCCGAGGCUUUCAUGGGGACGCCGUCACCGCACACGGACUCGGUGGAUUGCUACAAUCAACCAGUCACUGCCCCAGCGGGGCACUGGAAGGACUUGAUGGCCGAGGAAGUGUUGAUUUUAGGUGGAGAGGAUGAGGUACUGUUGGACAGCAUUGUGCAGCUAUCCCAGAAAAUGGACUCGGCGCUGGGCCCGGAGAGAGUGACCGUUUUAAUCACAGAGGGAGAGGCUCAUGACAUGCCAAGUCUGGAUCUUCAGUUUGGGCUUGGGGUUUCUGGGGAGCAAGCGAAACGCAUGGGGAAUUGGAUAGCUAGAAGAGUGUGAAGAUAAGAAAAGAUGCCUCGAGUAAUCGCAACUGUUACUUCCCCCCCCUGCUCUGCCGUGUAAAUAAUCACGUGUUUACAACGAUUCUUAUUCUCGUCUGCAUUUUUCC